AUGAACAGUUGAGGAAGAGAAGCUGACGUUCACACCUACUUUCCGGAAACUAGUCUGAAAGCAGAACAACGAACAUUGACCCAGACGAACCCCCUUCCUUGCCCUUGUCAGGGUCUGUUGGUUAUCCACGCAGGCUUUAAUUUUGACACCAAGUCCUCUUGCAGUGAUGAUUUUCUGCAAAGUCGUUACUCUAUGCGCGCGAGGAGAAGGGUGUCGAGAGGUAAAAGAGAACCGUGUUCUUGCACCCGCUGAAAAGUCGUGCAGAGGGCAUGCUCCGCACGCCAAACUGCGACACACCCGUCGAAAAGUCCCUUUUAGCGCCAGACCACCGUCCUGCAGGAACGGCCCUUCUUCUGAGCACCGGAGGCUACAUCGAAGCUACAGAGCAUCAUGCACGUUUAAGGCAAUGAUUGAUGGAUCUGCCUUUAUUGGAUUAGAAGAAACCAAAGUGGUAAAGAAUAUGAAGAUUUUUGAUUGGAGUCCUGAAAAAGAUCGGACAGAAAAUGUGGUGGAAAAAGUGAGAGGCACUUUUGAGGCUGAAUUUGAAGACCUGGACUCUGAUAAUAAAGCCUGGGAAUUAGAUGUUAGAGCCACACCAACAGAUACAACAGCUGCACCCCAGUAUGAGGAAGAGAACUGGGAUAAAGAGCUGGCAGAGAGUGAAAAUGAUCAUCCUUAUGAUUUUGAAGAUGCAAUCCACAUUGCAAGUUUCUUGGAUCAAGAUCCAGCAACAUCAUGUUCCACUCAAGAAAGACCUUUGUAUGACCCAAGUUUUCACCAUGCGGCAUCACUGACUUUGAACCUGACACAGGUCACACCAGUGGAUGGCCAGUUUGAUGACGCUGUUGACUGAUGCAUGCUCAGCCUUGGGGCAGAUGCGUCACUUCUAAACAGAAUCCUUCACGAAGCUGAGCUGAAAAACAAGAGGAACCCUUUUGUGCUCUGAAGGUUUGAAUCUUGUCAAAGACCAGAGCAACACAAGAUUAAGGAUAUAACUGAGUAACAAUUAUGGAGCAAAAUUUUGCUUUAAAUAAUCACAUAAAUGGUUUUGGUUUAUUAUUUUAAAGUUGCUGGUGUGGUUGCUGCUGUUGUUAAAUUGCUCAUUUUUUUCUUUCCUGUCACCUGUACAGUAUUAUUUUAUUUGACGUGCUUGACUAAGCUGAGGUGUCAGUAUGUAUUAUUUCCAUAUUAUAAACUCAGUAUUGUGUUUGCUGUAACUUAUUUUUUUGAUAUAAAAGAGCACCAGUGUGCAGGAGGCAAUUACUUUGACAGGAUAAUUUCUGAAAAAUACAGGUUAUUUGGUUUUGUA